AUGGAAAAUGCCAGCAUUUCAGUGGAUCGAGACCAGUUUACAUGUGCAAUUUGUUUGGACCUUCUGAAGGAUCCAGUGACUAUUUCCUGUGGACACAGUUACUGUAUGGUCUGUAUUAAAGGUUGCUGGGAUGAAGAAGAUGAGAAUGGGAUAUACAGAUGUCCACAGUGUAGAGAGACCUUCACUUCAAGGCCUGCUUUGGGUAGAAACCCCAUUCUGGCUGAAAUGGUUGGGAAACUGAAGACAGCAGAAAUGCCAGCCAUUCCUGCCCCUGAUCACUGCUACCCUGAACCUGGAGAUGUAGAGUGUGGAAUUUGCGUCGGGAGAAAACGCAAAGCUGAAAAGUCCUUUUUAGUGUGUCUAGACUCUUAUUGUCAGUCUCACUUUGAACAUCAUGAAAACCUGCACUCAGCAAAAAAACACAAAGUAGUUGAGGCAACUGGAGCAAUCAAAGACAAGGUGUGCCCUGAACACGGGAAACUCUUGGAAGUGUUUUGUCGCACUGACAAGAAAUGCAUCUGUGUGUCAUGUGUGACGGAUGAACACAAAAGCCAUGAUAUUGUUUCGGCAGAAACAGGAAGGGCAGAGAUCAGGAGAUUACUGGAGGAGAGAUUUACAAAACAAACCCAGGAGAGACAGAGUGAACUGUGCACUCUACAGAGGAUCAUGGAACCUCUCAAGAUCUCUGCGCAGGAAGCUGUAGCGGACACUGACAUGGUCUUUACUGAGCUGAUUCAGACCAUUGAGGAAAAGCGCUGCGAGGCAACAGAAGUGAUCAGAGCCCAGGAGAGGGCAGAGUUGAGUCGGGCUGCAGGUCUAGUGAUCAAAAUGGAGCAGGAGAUUGUUGAUCUUGGGAAAAGAGAUGCUAAACUUAAACAGCUUUCAAACACAGAGGAUCACAUUCAGUCUCUUCAGAUUUCUUCGUUAUUGAGGCUCAAUGAUGGUGCAAACAAAGGAGGAGAGGAGUAA